AUGACGGAGACCCCCAGGCCCGCCUUUGGAGGCAGGAGAGCUAUCCCCCUCAACAACUCCAACGCGGAAGAGAACAACCCCCCCACUGUGGAGCUGCAGGGCCUGGUGCCCCGAGGCGUCAACCUGAAAGACUACCUUCAUGUUACGACUGUUCACCUGUUCAAGGAGAGUUGGGACACCAACAAAGUGGAUCACCACACUGACAAGUAUAAUAACAACAAGCUAAUUGUGCGCAGAGGACAAUCUUUCUACAUCGAGAUCGAAUUCAAUCGUCCAUAUGAUCCCAGAAAAGAUCUCUUCAGGGUGGAAUACGUCAUUGGGCGUUACCCUCAGGAGAACAAGGGAACCUACAUCCCAGUUCCUGUCGUUCCUGAGCUGCGAAGUGGCAAAUGGGGGGCCAAAGUCAUCAGCAGAGAGGACAGAUCUGUCCGGCUGUCCAUCCAGUCUUCCCCUGAGUGCAUUGUGGGGAAAUUCCGCAUGUACGUUGCCGUCUGGACGCCCUAUGGUAUACUCCGCACCAGCCGGAAUCCAGAAACCGACACCUACAUUCUCUUCAAUCCUUGGUGUGAAGAGGAUGCUGUGUACCUGGAAGAUGAUAGAGAGAAAGAAGAGUAUGUCCUGAAUGACAUCGGGGUUAUUUUUUAUGGAGACUUCAAUAACAUCAGGAGUAGAAGCUGGAGCUAUGGUCAGUUUGAGGAUGGCAUCCUGGAUGCUUGCCUGCACAUGAUGGACAAAGCACAGAUGGACCUUUCAGGCCGAGGGAAUCCCAUCAAAGUCAGCCGCGUUGGGUCUGCAAUGGUUAAUUCCAAAGAUGAUGAAGGUGUACUGGUUGGAUCCUGGGACAAUGUCUAUGCCUAUGGCGUACCCCCAUCAGCCUGGACUGGAAGCAUUGACAUUCUGUUGGAAUAUCAGAGUUCUCAGAAUCCAGUUCGGUAUGGUCAGUGCUGGGUUUUUGCUGGUGUGUUUAACACAUUUUUGCGAUGCCUUGGGAUACCAGCAAGAGUUGUUACCAAUUAUUUAUCAGCUCAUGAUAAUGAUGCCAAUUUGCAAAUGGACAUCUUCCUGGAAGAAGAUGGGAAUGUGAACUCCAGACUCACCAAGGAUUCAGUGUGGAACUACCACUGCUGGAAUGAAGCCUGGAUGACGAGGCCUGAUCUUCCUGUUGGAUUUGGAGGCUGGCAGGCCGUGGACAGCACCCCCCAGGAAAACAGUGAUGGGAUGUACCGGUGUGGCCCGGCCUCUGUUCAAGCCAUUAAGCAUGGCCACGUUUGCUUCCAGUUUGAUGCACCCUUCGUUUUUGCAGAGGUCAACAGUGAUCUUGUUUACAUUACAGCUAAAAAAGAUGGCACUCAUGUGGUGGAAGCUGUUGAUACCACCCACAUUGGGAAAUUAAUUGUGACCAAACAAAUUGGAGGAGAUGGCAUGAAUGAUAUUACUGAAAACUACAAAUUCCAAGAAGGUCAAAAAGAAGAGAGGCUGGCCCUGGAAACUGCCCUGAUGUACGGGGUUAAAAAGGCCCUCAACACGGAAGACAUUAUGAAAUCGAAAUCUGACGUGGACAUGGACUUUGAAGUGGAAAACGCCGUGCUGGGAAAGGACUUCAAGGUCACCAUCACCUUCCAGAACAACAGCCCAAAAGCUUACACCAUCUCAGCCUAUCUCUCGGGCAACAUCACCUUUUACACUGGCGUCUCCAAAGAGGAAUUCAAGAAGGAGACAUUUGAUGUGGCUCUGGAUCCCUUGUCCUUCAAGAAAGAGGAGGUGCUGGUCAGAGCCGGCGAGUACAUGGGCCAGCUGCUGGAGCAAGCGUCCCUGCACUUCUUUGUCACAGCUCGUGUCAAUGAGACCAGGGAUAUUCUGGCCAAGCAGAAGUCCACUGUGCUGAACAUCCCCAAGAUCAUCAUCAAGGUCCGUGGCGCUCAGAUGGUUGGUUCUGACAUGGUUGUGACAGUUGAGUUCACCAAUCCCUUAAAGGAAACUCUGCAAAAUGUUUGGAUGCGCCUGGAAGGUCCUGGAGUGACAAAACCAAUGAGGAAAAUGUUCCGUGAAAUCCGGCCCAACUCCACUGUACAAUGGGAAGAAGUAUGUCGGCCUUGGGUCUCGGGCCGUCGGAAGCUGAUGGCCAGCAUGACCAGUGACUCGCUGAGACAUGUGUAUGGCGAGCUGGAUUUGCAGAUUCAAAGACAACGUUAG